AUGAAUUUAAAAAUCAGGUUUCAGCUUUUGAUUUGAUUUUUAGAAAGAAAAUCUAGAAAAAUCCGAGUUUUAUCAGUUUCAAAGUUUAAACUGAAAUUUCACAAUUUCAAUUCAUUUUUUCACUUACCAAAAUUCAAAAAUUCGAAUCUUUUCCAGCCUCUUUUCAAAUCAUCCAAAAUAUCCUAUUGAUGAGCCAAGCAGUGUUGAGUUGAGUUCGAUUCGUUGUUUUCUGGACCAAUUUGAAUUCGCGCGAAAUUCUAGAAAGAUAUUGAAUGAAAAUCAGAAAAAAUGAAGUUUUAUGAGCUAAAAAUCAAACACAACGUUAACGUUCUAUAAUUCUGAUUCUGAACACAAAUGACACAAAUGAGAGUUUUCUUUUGGAGAGCGCAGACAAACAAAGGAAAGUGCGCUCUAUCGGACUGUUCGCACCAGUUUUUUUUUCAUUUUCAAAAUUCAUUUUUUUCUGUUUUUUUUCGAUUCGCUUCUCUUUUUCAGCUGAUUAUUGACGAAUUUUUUGAUAUAUUAGCCAAAACUUUUCAAUUGAAGAACAUUUUUCAGCAUGCUGCAUUGGUGCGGGACAUCGAUUUUGCUCUUUACACUCUAAAAAGGUCAGUUUUCUUGUUAUUUUGAAAAUUCCGCAUUUUUAUGUUUUUUUCAGAGUCGCUUAUCGUUUUAUCAGAGCCAUCGAAGAUACGAGUAUUAUGAGGAAUAACAUAUUGGACAACCUCGAAACCAAAAUUGAUUUGAUGAAAACAGGUGAGUAUAUUUAGCUUAUGCAUUUUAAACCCAAAGUUUAUUGUAAAAUUGCAGAACAACUGAUGCCAGAAGAAAAUUCCGUCGCUUAUCGUUUUGAUUGUUGA